CUGUGCCGCAUUGGCUUCUGGGUAACUCGGGUGCAGUUUCCUGAGAAAGUGGCUUGAUAGCUGUAGGGGGGUCUGUAAUUGAGAGAGUUGGGGGUCGAAAAGUUACCUGGGUCCGGCAUUCUCACGCAUAUCUCACCACCCAGUCUGAUGAAUUGCUAUCGUUGGGUGUUCUUGCAGAGACAGAACGGUGCGCCGGGGACGCGGUUCGGGCGGGAAUAGAGGAGAGUGAAGCCGCGAUGAGCCUGAACGAACAUUCGUUGCAGGCUCUCUCCUGGAGGAAGCUGUACUUAAGCCGAGCGAAGCUCAAGGCUUCCAGUCGGACGUCAGCUCUUCUCUCGGGUUUCGCAAUGGUGGCGAUGGUGGAGGUCCAGCUGGAGAGGAACCACGAGUACCCCCCAGGGCUGCUGAUAGCCUUCAGCGCCUGCACCACCGUGCUGGUGGCCGUGCACCUGUUCGCCCUGAUGGUGAGCACCUGCAUCCUGCCCAACAUCGAGGCCGUCAGCAACGUGCACAACCUCAACUCGGUGCGCGAGUCUCCGCACGAGCGCAUGCACCACCACAUCGAGCUGGCCUGGGCCUUCUCCACGGUCAUCGGCACGCUACUCUUCCUGGCCGAGGUGGUGCUGCUCUGCUGGGUGAAGUUCCUGCCCAUCAAACGGCCGUCCGAGCAGAAGAACGACACCAUCUCCGCGGGCGCGGCCGCCGCCAUCACCUCCACCUCCAUCAUGGUGCCGUUCGGCCUGGUCUUCAUCCUGUUCGCCGUGCACUUUUACCGCUCGCUCGUCAGCCACAAGACCGACCGGCAGUUCCAGGAACUGGAGGAGCUGUCCAACCUGACCAGGCUGCAGAACGAACUGGACCAACGAGGAGAUGCCCCCAACCUGUCCCCCUCCGCCCAGUUCCCCUAACGAAGCCCCGCCCUGCGUCCCUCCGCCCAGUUCCCCUAACGAAGCCCCAACCUGUCUCCCUCCGCCCAGUCUCUCUCUCUCUCUCUCUCUCUCUCUCUCUCUCUCUCUCUCUCUCUCUCUCUCUCUCUCUCUCUCUCUCUCUCCCUCUCCCUCUCCCUCUCCCUCUCCGCCCAAUUGACCUAAUGACACCCUGCCCUUCAUCCAUUUCCCUAGUAAGCCACGUGCCUCUUUUUGCCUGAAAGAGAAAUUCUACCAUAAGUCACGGUUAAUAAGACUUGACCACCUGGUCACUUAGUCUGCAAUGCAUGUACAGACUGUAAAGAUGUUAUGCUUGAUUUCUAAAAUUAUAUUUCUGCUGCCUUCAAGAGAGAUUUUAAAUACAAUGAAGUGUGUGUAUUUGUAAUGUGUUACUGGUUUGUCAGUGGAAGUGCCAUACAUUUUUACUGUUCAUUCAAUGGCUUUUUAUGGCUUUCGCCAUAAAGACGGUGGAACUUUGGAAGGUGAUGUGUCAAAUUUCUACAAACGAGAGAAAAUACAUAUAUUUUACAUUUGUUCCACUGUGGAGUUCGAAGAUCUUGGACUUUUGGACAAACUCCAGUACUUGGGGGCCACGGUGUCAGUGCUGGCUUUCAGGGUGAUCUUGAUGAAUCUGAUUUUUGGUGAAUCUAAUUUUAUUACAUUAAAUUACUGCCCUCUUAUCCAGAGUGACGUACAGAGCGAUUAGACUAAGCAGGAGACAAUCCUCCCCUGGUGCAAUGCAGGGUUAAGGGCCUUGCUCAACGGUUGUGCAGAUCUUAUUGUGGCUACACCGGGGAUCAAACCACCGACCUUGCGGGUCCCAGUCAUGUACCUUAACCACUAUGCUACAGGCCGCCCAAGUCGUUGGCAGGCCAGUAUCCACACACCUUAAUGGCCUUAACUGGCAAGUGAUUGAAAGGAAGCCACAAAAACCAGCCGACACUGUGGCCCCCUGGGAUUUUGACACUCCUGGUUUAACACAUCUGCUCACUAGGCCAGUGAUUGGCCAGUGUAUGUGCAUGAUUCUGUUUGACCUCCUGCUCAAUUAGCUCAUCAGCUGUGUACACUAACCCUAGAUCCGUCAUAUAUUUGACCACAGUAAAACAUUUUGUAUCGCUAUACAAAAAGUACACAAUCAGAUUUGUAUUAACCACUUUGAUUAUAUUUGUCCCAGAAAUUAUUUAAGGUACUGUGAAACUGUGCCUUACAGAUGUGUGUGCCAAAUUGCGUGACAUUACAUGAGCUAGUGAUGGGGUUAGGGGUAGGGAUGCUGUAUGAGAUUCUCACUGAUUUGCAGUGUUUAUGGAUUUGUGGAACAAAACCUUUUGAUUGGUCCAAGAAGUUUGUUAUCAAGGAUUGACCACUCAUUGUAGCUCCACAUAGCAUCGUGUUUAUCAAUCUGUGGUAAGCAAUCUCAGCAAGUCUCCCCUCAAAGGUGGUUGAACGAUGGUGUCUGUACACAGCCAAUUGGAUAGUUCGGUGAGCAUAAUCAGAUGAGAUAAAACAACAGGCCUCUGAUUAGUUAGAAUCCUCAGAGGAUGAAUAUGUUUUGAUGCCUUUCAUUUUGAUACCUUUCUGAAUGUUCAAGCAAUUGAGUGUAAUCAGCUUGUGUGGUAAAUUAUUGAUUUUGUUUUGCCAAACUUACAUUUACGACCCGUUUCAAAUGUAUUUUAUGUUGAGUGGUGUAUAGUUGUAUCUUUUGUACAGUUGCUUGGUGUUCACUUGAGUUUGUGUCUGCACCUAUAUUUCCCUUCUUGAAGAUUGUGCCUGGUAGUUCUCUAAAUGAACAGCACUACUGUUGGUCUUGUCUAUUUAAAUAUUUUACAUUUUGGAAAAAAAAUAUAUAAACAUGCUUUGAAUUCA